AUGUCGUCUUCAGCAUCAACGUCUUCCUCACAAUUAGGAAGAGGAGGAAGAAGAAGAAGAGGAAGAAGAGUUGUUGAAGGUAGUGGUGAUGGAGACGGUGGACAACGACGUCGAGGAAGACCUUCCUCUUCCUCAUCUCCUCAACAACCACCUCCUAAUGGAUUUUGGCCUGAGCCUUUUGUUGAAGCCCUAGCUUUACAGGUCGCCAUCGAUGCUGUUCGCACCUCCGGUAGACUCGCUGCUGCUCCCGCCAUCGCUAACGUCUUUCAGGUGUGCUCUACGUGGCGUGCUGUAUCACACUCCAAUCAUCUGUGGCAGGAUCUCAGUCGUCGAAUCUGGAGACGUCAGCUUCUACUACGUGAAACGUGGCGUGACGAAUUUAUUUUUUGGCAUCGUACGGCUCACAAUUUCCGAAUACGAAGGGCGGUGUAUACUCGACUGGAGAUCGACGACGGUGACUCAGACGGAAACGGCAUUGAAUUGAUCUGCCGACGUCUCGCUCUAUCAAAUAUGUUCCUCGCAUGUGGUUUCGUCGACGGCUCCGUCCGUUUAUUCGAUCUGUCGUCAGGGCUCCACGUCAGUACAUAUCGAUCCCACCAUGACGAUAGACUCGGCCGUUUCUCACGUGCGGUGUCUGGGAUCGUGAUCAACGAUGAUCCGAAGGUCGUGUUCGCAACCAUGGACGGGGAUGUCCACGUGGCUAUAAUCGGUGGCGCAGAUACACGUCGUGCGCAAGAGGGGAACGUGGUAAACGACGGGGCGUUGGUGGACUUCGCCGGGUGCAGGAGGUGGUGGGUGGGGCUCUACGCUGGGGUCCCAGGCCGGGCGUUCCACGUGUGGGAUGGAGUGACUGAGGAGCUACUCUACGUGGGGGGGACGUUGACAGACCCUGAAGCGGUCAUGGGAUGGCAUAUGCUUACUGAAUGGAGCGAGUCAUUGGGAAGAGUCAGGGUGUCGAGCCUGGAAUGCGCCGUAGCGUGCACGAGCGUUGGGAUUCUGGUUCUAGGGCUGCGAGACCAGCUAGUGUUGGGUAGCGAAGAGUUCGAAGAAGGGCUAAUCGUGGAUUCGUUCGACGUCAGCGGCGAAUUGUGUCUGUUGGUGGACAGCUCGGGCACAGCAAGUGUACGACGGGUGGGUAACAUGGAAGAAGUGUAUGGGUUUAGGUUGAGGGGGGGUGGUGGUGGUGGUGGUGGUGGUGGUAGGGUUUUAGGGUGUAUCAACGGCGGUUAUGUGUUCUUGUGCAUCGGAGGUACUGUAAGGGUGUGGGACGUGGAGCAUGGCCGAUCACUGUACCACUUAAGAGAGAGGAUACGGGAAGAAGCGAGAGCCUUGAUUGCUGAUGAGAGAUACGUGGCUGCUUGCUCUGGCAACACGCAAAUCCAUCUCUGGGAUUUCGGGGCUCUGUAGACCCUAGUCCGUCUUCC